UCUCUGGUUUGCAAUGUAUAGUCUUAGGGGAAAAAGAGGAGCAGAGCAUUUGGCGACUCUGCUGCCCAUCUCUGCUCUGUUUCUCUUGUUCCUUGUCGCCACAGUGACUACUCUUCGCAAGAGUUCUCCAAAAACUUCAGAAUUGCAUAUUCAGAAGCACAUGCAGGUGGCUGAGUCCCUUUGCGAUGGCACGUUGUACCCAGAGCUCUGCGUCUCCACUCUCUCCACCAUCCCCGACCUCACCUCCAAAUCCCUCCCCUACAUCCUCUCCGCCACCGUCAACCACACCAUCCGCGAGGUUCGCUCCUCCGAAUCCAACUGCUCCAGCAUCCUCAACAGCCGCACCUACCUCGACGAACGCCAGCGUCGCGCCCUCGACGACUGCAUCGAGCUCCUCGACAACACCGUUUCGGAGCUCCUCGCCUCCGUCGCCGACCUCGCCGCCUCCAAGCAUUACUACCACGACCUGCAGACUCUGUUCAGCGCCGCCAUCACGAACCAGUACACCUGCCUCGACGGCUUCGCCUACUCCGAGAAGAAGGAAAUCAGAAAUUCCAUCGAGGACAGAAUGUACGAAAUUGGACACCUCGUGAGCAACUCUCUGGCGAUGCUGAAGAAGCUGCCGAGAGCGCAGAAGAGGGCGAGGAGGGCGCCGGAGGUGUUCUCGGAGUACGGAGGAAUGGAGGGGGGGUUCCCGGAGUGGGUGUCCCGGAAGGACCGGCGGCUGCUGCAGACGGCGGCGAACCAGACGAAGUACAACGCCGUGGUAGCGAAGGACGGGAGCGGGCACUUCACGACUGUGGCGGCGGCGGUGGAGGCCGCGCCAAACAUGAGCAGCAAGAGGUACGUGAUAUACAUAAAGGCGGGGGCGUAUCUGGAGAACGUGGAAGUGGGCAGGAAGAAGACGAUGCUUAUGUUCGUGGGGGACGGCAUUGAGAAGACUGUGAUUAAGGCUAGCCGGAACGUCUUCGACGGUUGGACCACCUUCCGAUCAGCCACCGUCGCGGUGGUGGGAAACGGGUUCAUAGCAAAAGGCAUAAGCAUAGAGAACACGGCGGGACCCAGCAAGCAUCAGGCGGUGGCGCUACGCAGCGGCUCCGACCUCUCCGCCUUCUACCAAUGCCGCUUCGUGGGGUACCAGGACACCCUCUACGCCCACUCCAACCGCCAGUUCUACCGCGACUGCGACGUCUACGGCACCGUCGACUUCGUCUUCGGCAACGCCGCCGUCGUCUUACAGAACUGCAAUCUCUACGCCCGCAAGCCAAAUGAAAACCAGAAGAACAUCUUCACCGCUCAGGGCCGCGAGGACCCCAACCAGAACACCGGCAUUUCCAUCCUCAAUUCCAAGGUCGCCGCCGCCGCCGACCUCAUCCCUGUCCAGUCCUCCUUCAAGACCUACCUGGGCCGCCCGUGGAAGCUGUACUCCCGGACCGUUUUUCUCCGGUCGAACAUUGGGGACCUAGUGGACCCGGCGGGGUGGCUGGAGUGGGACGGCAAGUUUGCGCUGAGCACGCUGUAUUACGGAGAAUAUAUGAACCGGGGCGCCGGGUCGAAAACCAGCGCCAGAGUAACUUGGCCGGGGUUCAGGGUGAUCAACAGCUCCACGGAAGCCAGUAAGUUCACUGUAGGGUCUUUCUUGCAAGGGGGUCAGUGGCUGCCGCCCACCGGCAUCCCGUACUACCCCGGGUUGAGUUGAUCGGAUUGGGCCGGGUUCGGUUCGGGGUCGAGUCGAACCCUAAAUUUCUUUUAAUAAAAUUUAUGUAUUUUAUGUGAUUGAAGCAGGGUCGAUCGUGGCUUGGAGUCAAAUCACAAAUGUGUUGGAAUGUUGAUCUUCAUCCACCGGCGUAGAGUUGUUAUGUUCAGUAUUUAGUGCUUUGGGUUAGAAUAAAUUAAAAUUUAAUUGUGGUUUUUGAAUAUAAUAUAUAAAAAUAUAUGAUUUACUU